AUGUCUACAGAAUACAGAUCAACGAGACUCAAUACGCACAUGCUGGCUAUUGCAGCGGGCUCUUUUCUAGCGGGCGCCAUGAUGGGACUGCCUUUAAUGGCUGUUCCCAUGCUCCUAGAUACCGGAGCUGACCCGGUGUACCUGGCACGUCAGUGGGCGCGCAUGUACUACUAUGGCGUGCGGACUAUGCCUCCCCUAGCGAUAACCACAUUCAUCUUGUACGUAUGGACGAUCAUCCGAAGACGCAGUCAGCACCAGGCGUGGUAUAUACUUGCAGUCGCUGCGGUGGUGACCAUGGGCAUGAUACCAUUUACCUGGUAUGUCCUAGCGCCAACCAACAAUGCCCUAUUUCGCCUAGCAGAGGGCCCCGAAGCAGCAUCAGGGACAACAGCGGGAAGUCUGGAAGAGGUAACGGAGUUACUCGUGCGGUGGAACAAGUUGCACAUUGCUAGGUCCUUGUUCCCAUUGACGGGAGUCGUUAUUGCGCUAUCGGAUGCCAUGUAG